UGGGGGUGGGUUCGGCGCACAUCGGAAGAUGGGUUUUAAUUCUAGAGAGAGAAAGUGAGAGAGAGAGAGAGGGAAGAAAAAGAAGAAGAGGAAAGACGGAGACAAGAGCCAUUUGGUGAGCGGCCCAACAGGACAGACACCCUUUGGCUUUCUUUGUUGUUUGUUUAUUCAAUUCUCUGUUUGGACGAAAAGAAACUACUGUGAGCCUCUCCCUCUUUCUAGGUUAUUUCGUAAAUUAAAGAUUACUGUCCUCUUUAAUCCACCACCCAACACACAUUUCUCAUUCUCAUCUCAUCUCAUCUCAUCUUUCCUUGCAAACCCCCCUAGCCUCUCUCUCUUCUUCUUCUCUCUCUCCAUUUGCUCAGUCAGUUUUGCCGUCUCCCAAUCUCUCUCUCUCUCUCCUUUUCUCUAGAGAGAGAAAGAAACAACAAAAGGAUCAUUUCUCAAAGCUUUGGUUUUUCAGGUCUUGACCGCAGAUCCACCGCCUUAUCUGCUCUCAUCAGGCUCGUACCUUUUCUCUCGAUUUCUCCACCGAUCUUUGAUCGUCUGCUGUGUACUGUAAGGAUUUUUAAUCGGAGUUCAUCAUAGUCGUAAUGAAAGGGCAGAGGAGUGCUGUAGGUUCCUUGCCUGAAACCUUAGGGUUUGAUCAUGGAUCUACAUCAAGUGAUGCAGGUAUAGAUCAGCAGAUUUGCUGGAAUAAUAUGCGGAAUUCUGCGCAUAACAUGUUACCAGACUACUUGGCAUCAACCAGUCACCCUGGUAAUACUUAUCUGAACAUGAAUCAAGGAGGACCGAAUUUAAGUGGAUGGAAUGUAGGUGAACCGAGUUCUAGUGGCAUACAGAACCAUGUCAGUCAUGAUGAACGGAAAACAGAAUAUGGUUGGUCAUCAUCAUCUAUGGUUCCUUGUGGUGGAGGUGGUCCUGUGUCAGAAGAACAGCAAUAUGAACCAGCUAAUACUCUUUCACUAAACAAUGUUAAUGUAAACCAUAGUAGCAGUCAGCUAUCAAAUGUGCCUUUGUUUGUGCAAAGUUCCAGUAAUGCUAUUCCUCAGGAUCUUAACAUGAAUGCAGGAUUUGUUGGACAUGGUGGCGAUGACUGUCUAGUUAUGGACUGUUCUAAUGCAUACAAGUCUGAUGUAUCAGAGACUACUCGAAUCCCAUCUGCUAGUAGUUCUUCCAAUCCUUUUGGGUUGCCUUCUGGAAGUGGUGGAUAUUUGGUGGAAGAAAAUGAUGGAAGGCCAGGCUGUCCAUUGGAGGGUCGGCGCUUAUCCUGUAAAAGAAAGGCUCUUGAAGUAAAUACUGGGCAAUCUUCUAUGAGUGGAAGUUCGAGCUACUUUCAGCCAGUGGACAGUAAUGUUUGGCAUGCCAUCCCUGGUCAGUACAAUGCUGGAAGCAGCUUAAGUGUAUCUAACCCAUCAGAAAACCUUCUUCAUGUUGGUCCUUCCGAACAGGUGAGUUCGAGACUUGGACUGGGUGCUGGAGGAGCUACUUCUGAAAGUCCCCUCAAUUUGAAUGUUGCAGGAAAUGCAGAAAGUUCUCACAGAAAUUACCGUGUGAGGAUAAAUCCUUCACGCCAACAAGAUUCUGGUCACUUAUUUUCAACAAGGAGCUCUGUCAGGCAUUCUAAUGUUUCAUCACAGCAGCAAUCGUCAAGACUUCUUCCCCACAAUAAUUCUGUGGACAUGAGGUCACCCUCUGUAACAGACAAUACAAGUUCUCAAAGACAAUCCAAUGUCGUGCACGUUCCUGCUUUGCGCCGAACUCCACAUUCAUCUAGAUGGAAUGGAGCUUCUAGCUCUAGAGCUGGCCAUUCAUCAAGUUCUGGAGAGAGAGCUGCUAUGCUAAAUGAGGAAUCUGACUCAAUUACCAUGCCAAGAAACAUUUCAGAACAUCCUAUGUUUGUACCUGCAAAUGACAUGAGAAAUCCUGCUCAGAAUUCAACUAAUUGGAGUUUAACAGGUGGAAAUAUAAGUGUUGCUGGAAAUGUUGCUUCUACUUCUCGGGCCGGUUCGAGUUCAGGUGUCCCGCCAUUAUCUGGUCCUAAUUGGGUUCCUCAUCGCAACCCUCCACGGUAUCCACGAAGAUUAUCUGAGUUUGUUCGCCGAUCAUUGCUAUCUUCUGCUGGUUCCGAGUCUGGAGGCCAAAGCAGUAGUAAUUCUCCAAUACCCCCGGGCCCUUCCGCACAAGAAAUGCCACUUCCGUCUGCAGCUGGUAACCAAGGGCAUCAUCUGCCACACUCAAGGUCGGGGAUAUUGUUGGAGAGACAACUUGAUGGUGCUUUUGGAAUUCCCUACUCGUUACGAACUUUGGCUGCUGCUAGUGAAGGAAGAAGCAGGCUUGUAUCUGAGAUUCGUAAUGUCUUGGAUCUCAUGCGUAGGGGUGAGGGCUUGCGAUUUGAGGAUGUUAUGAUCCUUGAUCAGUCUGUCUUUUUUGGGAUGGCCGAUAUUCAUGAUCGGCACAGGGAUAUGCGGCUUGAUGUUGACAACAUGUCUUAUGAGGAGUUGUUAGCACUGGAAGAGCGCAUUGGAAAUGUGAAUACAGGUUUGACUGAAGAAACCAUUUUGAAUCGUCUGAAGCAGCGGAAGCACUUUUCUAUCGCAAUGGGUGCUCAGCUGGAAGUGGAACCAUGCUGUAUAUGUCGGGAGGAAUACAACGAUGGAGAAGAUAUUGGAACACUGGAGUGUGGGCAUGAAUUCCACUCUAAUUGCAUCAAGCAAUGGCUGAUGCAGAAGAAUUUGUGCCCCAUUUGUAAGACAACUGGCCUCAGUAAAUAAGACCCGGUUAUCCGAGGUGAUUGCUUCAUCGAUGGAUUAGUCAGAGGAGAUGGGUUGUGAAAAUGUGUCAUUCUGCCAAUUGCAGUUUCAUUGGAUUCACUUGGUGGAUAUCUUAGUCGCCAUAGCACUUUUGCUUGCAACUGUUGAAAGAUUCAUCUGUAUUUCACAUUUAAAUUUAUGUUGAUCUCUCUGUGGAGAGUUAGGAUGAUUCAAAGAGAAAAAAAAAGAAGAAAAAAACCUAGUUUUUCAUUUUUGGUUUACUUGAGAUUAUAAAGUUUAUUGAUUGGCAUUCUUAAGUUUUUAUCCUCUAAUUAUGAUUUCAUUUGGAUAUU